AUGGAUCAACCUACCAAUCGACCUCAGUUGAAUCACUCACGCUCUUGUCCUAAUAUUCCAGAGUUGGUAGUGGAGAACGACGAUGACGGCUCUGAAGCAACAACUCAACAACAGCCUCCUGCACCUGAAGAACAACAACACGAUGAUGAUGAUGACGAUGAUGAAAUGAAUGAUUCUUCCGAUACCCUAGUGGAUGCUGUUUUGGAUCAUCGAGAUGCUCGAGACCGACACGUUCGUUUCCAGGAGCACGUUGUUGAAUCAGCAGCACUUGUAGAACGCAUGUUGAGCUUGAGUGGAAGGCAUCAAUCACCCUCUUCACCUGUAAAUCGUUAUCAAACAAAAAUCAACAACGAUACAGAGGAACCCGAAGAUGACAUCGAUGACAAGCUAAGCGACAAGGGUAGUAGUACAGCAACCAACAGGACAACAGCAGCUGCAGCUGGUGGUGCUGGUGGUGGUAGUGUAUUAUCAAGUUUGAUGCGACUUGAAGCACAACGACGACAAAAGGAACAAGAAUACGAACUCAAAAAGCAACAACGUAAAGCAAGACGAAAGGGAGCCCAUACUGAAGGAGGAGGACGGCAUCAAUUACGACCUAAAAUGCCCCAUCGACCAGCUAGUUGGCUGUCUUCGAAUCAUUUAGUUCCCAGCCUUCAAAAACGAAAACUCGAGACACCUUCAUUAUCACGACGCUCGUCCAUCGACAGCAUGUUGACUACAGCCUCUCAAUUUGAGCCUAUUACAUUGGAGGAUCGUGUGCGUAUUACGUUUGAGAUUGCCAACAUUUUGCAAAAGCAAGAGUUUUUACGAAAGUUGGUCAAAUCAUUGAUGUUGUACGGGUGCCCUGCUCAUCGAUUGGAGUACAUCAUGCGACGAGUUUCCGACACGCUACUUGUGGACGCUGAGUAUGUUUACGUACCUAAUGUCAUGUUUAUGAGUGUGUUUGAUCCGAGCACACAUACCACCGAGACACACUUUAUCCGCCAAGUGCAGGAUUUUGAAAUGCAUAAACUCGGCGAGAUUUACCGAUUGGAACGGCUUGUUUCCCACGGCGAAGUCUCUGUGGAUGAAGCUCUUGAGUUUAUUGACCGGGUUACCAAUCAGCCCGGCUUAUAUCCAAAAUGGCUCAACCUCAUCAUCUACAGCUUGGCAAGCUUUUGUGGUUGUCUCUUGUUCUUUGGUGGCUAUUGGUUCGAUGCCCUGAUUGCUGCAGGCCUUGCAAUGGUGCUUGCCAUAUAUGAACUCUUUACCGGUCGCAUACAAAGCUUUCAACCCAUUUGGGAAAUCACUGUUUGUAUCCUUAUCGGUUUUGUUGCAAGAGCAUUGACCCUAUACUCGUUUUGUUUUACGCCCAUUGCAUUUGCAUCAUUUAUUGUCAUUCUCCCAGGAUACACGAUGGCCAUAUCCGUGGUCGAAUUGGUAUCUAGGCAACUGGUGAGCGGCGUGGUGCGUAUGGUGUAUGCGAUCUUGUAUUCGUUCUUGCUCGGCUAUGGCGUUGCUAUGGGCUCUGAGUUGUAUAUCACUAUCGAUCCAAGCACACGACACACAACCACUGAAUGUGCUCAUGCAACCUCCUUGACGACGUGUGAUGUGCAACGUAUUGAUCAACGAUUCUUUAUUCUCUUGGUGCCGUUGUUUGCCAUAGCCUAUUGCAUCUAUGUACGAGCACGUCCCUUCCGAUGGCCUAUCAUGCUCAUUGUAGCAGUGGUCGGUUAUGUGGUCAAUUACCUCUUAUCAUGCCAUGCUGGUGCUCCAUCACAAGUUCUUCAAGUCGUACCUGCCUUUUCAGUAGGCUUGAUUGGUAAUUUACUUACCAAACUUACGGGGAAAAUGUCGUUUGAUGCCGUGUUGCUUGGCGUGUUUUUCUUGGUGCCAGGAAGUUUGGGCAUCAAGGCUGGCUUUGGUAUCUUUGAUAGUGGAGGUGAUGAUUCAACAUCAUCGUAUCUUGGCAACACAGGAGCUGCAUUUGCUUUGGCUAUGAUCGAAUCGGCUAUUGGUAUCACCAUUGGGCUGUUUGUGGCAACGUUACUGGUAUACCCCAGAGGCAGCCAACGCACCCCAUUGAUGAAUUUUUAG